AUGAAGAUCCACCCGGUGCCCGUUCGAGACGACAACUACGCGUACAUCCUGCAAUCGUCGGUGGAUGGUUCGGCCGUAUUCGUCGACCCGUACGAUGUGGAUGCGGUGUCUAGCGCAGCGACCAAGCUCGGUAUCUCGAAGGACAAGGUGGUGGGUCUUUUGACCACGCACCAUCAUCACGAUCAUUCCGGUGGAAACGAUGCUUUCUCCAAAUCCUUCCCAGGCAAACCUGUCUUCGGGGGUAGCGAUCAGAUCCCUGCCCUGACGGAGAAAGUCGCUGAUGGGGACAGCGUAAACAAUCUUCUCCAAGGAGUGGACAUCAAAUGUCUAUCCACCCCGUGUCACACCCAGGAUCACAUCUGCUACCACGUCGUCGACUCCUCCACCGGCAAGCAGGGCGUCUUCACCGGCGAUACGCUCUUCAUCAGCGGAUGCGGGCGAUUCUUCGAAGGCACCCCUACCGAAAUGCUUUCCGCUAUGGACAAACUCUCCUCCCUCCCCGCAGAUACACUCGUCUACUGCGGUCACGAAUACACCCAAUCCAACGUCGCUUUCAGCGCUGCCAUCCUACCCCCCUCCGAACCUGCCAUCAGUCAACUCGUCAAAGAUCUCCAAGACAAGAAGAACGGCGGCGUAACCACCGGUAUCUACACCAUCGAGGACGAGAAGAAACACAACCCGUUCAUGAGAUGCCGAGAUCAGGUGGUCAAGGAUAAGCUGGUAGAGCUCGGCGCAGCAGGUGCAGGUGGGAAGGUCGAGAGCGAGGUAGAGGUGAUGAGGUUGCUGCGCGAGCUGAAGAACGGUGGUCAGGUCAAGGCGAACAUUUGA